AUGAUACGCUCCAGUCUGCGACAGCAUCAUGAUAUCUCUUCUCGGAUAGCGUCAUCUAUCACCACAACAUCUGGAAUAGGGCAAGCACAAUCAUCAAGGCUGAUACGACGACACAUCACAUCGUUGCAUCUUUCAAAAUCAAGUUCCCAUCACAUCAUCAGCACCACAAGAGGCCUUCGCGUCUACCAUAGAUCUUUUGCAGUAUUUUCACCAGAUGACAAAGACGACAAGAAAAAGGAAGAGAAGAAGCCACAAACAGAAUUAUCCAAAGAUUCCCUGAAACGACUAUUGGAAUUCUCCCGAUCGGAAUGGAAAUGGAUUGGUCUUUCCGCCUCUACUUUGGGUGUCACCUCGUCCAUUACCCUUUUGUUUCCAUAUGCUUCAGGAAGUGUGAUUGAUUAUACAAUUACGAACGCUAGCGAUGGGCAUUCUCCGCUUUUAUUGGCCAGUGGACUUUUUGGGUUAUCAGCAAUUGCUGGUGGUGGUGUCUAUCUUAGAUCGGUAUGGUUGGCCAAGGCUGGCAAUCGAAUCGUGGCGCGACUCAAGCAACAAUUGUAUGCGAGUAUUUUGCGGCAAGAAACUGCCUUUUUGGAUCAACACACUUCGACUGGAGACUUGAUUUCCCGACUGACGGCAGAUGCUACUUUAGUCCAACAAGCUGUGACCAGUCAGGCUGUAGCCGCCUUGAGAAGUAUAGUAAUGUCCCUCGGAUCCGCUGGCAUGCUCCUGUAUACAUCUCCGACAUUAGCAGCAGUCUCGUGUUGUACUCUGCCGCCCGUCUUUAUCAUGACUCGCCAAGUGGGCCGCAGACUGGCAGAACAACAAAAGGGGAUUCAAGAAUUGUUGGGCGAUGCCACCUCCUUAGCUGAACAGUCCCUGAAUCAUGUGUCCACCGUCAAGCAAUUUGUCGCCCAAGAUUUUGAAGCCACGCGGUACCGGAACAGCGUUGCAGCCGCCCACCAAAAGGCAGUGGAUACGGCCCACAUGCAAGCCCAACUGGAAGCAGGUGCGCACAUUGCAGGAAAUGCCGCAAUCUUGGGUGUCUUGGGAUAUGGUGGUACCAUGGUGUUGGAUGGUUCCAUUUCGGCAGGAGACUUGACAGGAUUUGUCAUGUAUUCCUUGCUCUUGGCUGGUAAUUUGUCAGGAUUGACGGCUAUUUACAGCGACUUGAUUCGAUCCAUGGCUGCUAGCAAACGGAUAUUGGAUAUUUUGGAUCGAGAACCAUUGAUUGAAACAUCCUCCACCGCUUCUUUUCAGGCAUUGUCCAACUCGAAGAACCCCCUUGCGCAAAUCGAAUACAUUCCAGCCACUACGAGUAACUUGUUGUCAAACGACCAAGCAGGAGAAAGUGGUCAAGUUGCGAGUACUGAAGAAACCGUCCAACGACCGCAAGCCGCUUCCAUUGACAUCCAAGGUUUGAAUUUCUCGUAUCCAUCGCGACCGGACAUGCAAGUCAUGAACAAUUUUUCCUUGACGAUUCAACCUGGCGAGAUUGUCGCACUGGUCGGUGGCAGUGGGAGUGGCAAAUCGACCGUGGCCAAUGUAUUGACCCGACUCUACGAUAUCAACGAUGGCACCAUUCGGAUCAAUGAUACCGACAUUCAGGACUACGAUCCCAACGACUUGCGGCAAAUGGUGGGAAUCGUGUCGCAGGAUCCAGUAUUAUUUCGAGGAACCAUUCGGGACAACAUUCGUUACGGCAAAUGGCAAAAUGUUUCGGACGAGGCCAUUGAACGAGCCGCCAAACAAGCCCAUGUCUGGGAAUUUGCUCAAACCUUUCCCAAUGGUUUGGAUACCAUGGUGGGUCCGACACAACUGUCCGGUGGCCAACGACAACGAAUCGCCUUGGCUCGUGUCUUGGCCAAAGAGUCCCCCAUUAUCAUUUUGGACGAAGCAACGUCUGCCUUGGAUGCCCAAAGUGAGCACUUGGUCCAACAGGCCCUCCAAGGUUUGUUUGCCCAAGGUGGCAAGACGAUCAUUUCCAUUGCCCAUCGAUUGUCCACCAUUCGGCAUUCUUCACGGAUAGCUGUGAUUGAAAAUGGAACCGUCGUUCAAACAGGAACCUUUGAUGAGCUCCAAUCGAUGAAUGGGCCCUUUCGGGAGUUGAUGAAAACCCAAUUGAUUGGGGAUGCCUCCUAG